UUAUCCGAAAUCACCCUCGUGUGCUCGCUCUCUCCACGGCUCCAAACCGCACUCGGCCCUCGUCUCCGCCGCUCGGCGCGGCGCCAUGGCCCCCGCCGCGCUCCUCCCGCUCGCCCCAUUGCCGCAUCACCCGAACCCACCACGGCGACCUCUGUGCCGCUGCGGGGCCUCGCGCCGCGGCUUCACCGUCCACACCGCCAUCGCCAUUGCCUCGGCCUCCGCCUCCGCCUCCGUCUCCGCCCCCACCGCGGCCGCGGAGGCGACGUCACCAUCUCCGCCCCCCUCGCCGCCAACGCAAACGCCUUCCUCUAACCCGGGAUCCCCGGUGCUGGGCGGCAUCGCGAACACGAGGUCCUGGUCGCAGUACUACGGCAGCGGCUUCUCCAUCCGCGUGCCUCCGUCCUUCGACGACAUCCUCGAGCCCGAGGAGUACAACGCCGGGAUGACAUACUACGGCGACAAGGCCAAGCCCCGGGCGUACGCGGCCCGCUUCGCGUCUCCAGAUAGGGAUGAGCUCAUAAGUGUGGUGAUUAAGCCGUCAAAUCAGCUCAAGAUCACAUUCCUAGAGGCAAAAGAUAUAACUGAUUUGGGAACUCUAAAGGAGGCAUCCAAGAUAUUUGUACCUGCUGGUGCAAAAGUAUUCUCAGCUCGAACAAUUAGAGUUAAGGAAGAGGAGGAUAUUAGGACAUAUUACUUCUAUGAAUUCAGUCUGGACAAGCAACACGUUGCUGUGAUGGCUACCGUGAAUAGUGGGAAGACGUACAUUGCCGGCGCUACUGCUCCAGAGAUGAAAUGGGGUGACGACGGCGUGAAGUUGCGUUCGGCUGCCGUAUCUCUAUCCGUUUCAUGAAUGAUUGUGCAAAAGAUGACAAGAAAAAGGAUUGGGAUACAAUUCUCGGAUUCAGCAGUAUGCAUAGAGAGAUCGAUUACUAUCCUAGUCAUGGAAAGAAGGUAAAUAGAUUUAUUAGUCGGCAAAAGCAACAAAGCACUGGAUGAGACUGCACAAGGUUUCAGUCAAGUCUGUAAACGAUUUUGGAAGUGGAUAUAUAUUUAUGAAGACUGGCAUCAUAAGUGAAAUUUGAUUAUUGAAAUCUUGUUUACCUACAACUGAUAUGUUCAUUCUAAAUUGUAAGCUGUUUUCAUUUUGUUUUAA